AUGGCGGACGACAAAAGAUACUCAAUUUCAAAAGAUGUUGGUGGCCGACGAAUCAGCUCCGAAUCAGUCUCAAAGAGCGCGGGUGUCCUUGAAGGAGCUCUCUGGACCAAAGGAGCCACUACGUUCGAUAAUGACUCCGACCUUCAAGAUUUCUAUAAGCCCGUUGAGACCUACGAAGGGUUUCAUCGCUAUGAUCCCGAUUACACAUGGCCGGAAGAGGAUGAGAAGAAAGUCGUUCGGAGGAUUGACUUCAAGAUAUGCACUUGGAUGUGUUUAAUGUUCUUCGCAUUACAACUUGAUCGAGGGAACAUCAGCCAAGCGCUCUCAGACAACAUGCUCGACGAUCUUAACCUCACUACCAACGAGUACAACACUGGAAUGACCAUUUUCUACUGCAGUUUCUUGGUCGCUGAAGUGCCAUCUCAGCUCAUUUCAAAGAGACUGGGGCCCGAUCGUUGGAUCCCCAUUCAAAUGGUCUCAUGGAGUCUGGUUGCCAGCCUCCAGGCAUUCCUCAGCGGCAAAUCAUCUUUUUACGCCUGCCGUUCCCUCCUUGGAUUGAUUGAAGGCGGCUUCAUCCCGGACGCUAUCCUUUACAUGUCGUACUUCUACACUAGCAGCGAAUUACCUAUUCGCCUCAGCUAUUUCUGGACCGCAUAUCAGAGCACCAGCGUCAUUUCCGCGUUUCUUGCCUAUGGUAUUCUGCGGUUACGUGGCGUCAAUGGAAUGGAAGGAUGGCGAUGGUUAUUUGCCUUAGAAGGAACCUUGACCGGGCUGAUCGGCAUUAUAUCCGCAUUUUAUCUUCCGCCGUCACCAACACAGACCAAAUCUCGGUUUAGAGGCAAAGACGGCUGGUUCACUGAACAUCAAGAGAAGAUCAUGGUCAACCGGGUUCUCCGCGACGAUCCUUCAAAAGGCGAUAUGCACAAUCGUGAGGGGCUGAACCCCCAAGAAAUCUGGCUUUGCCUGACAGACUAUCAUAUGUGGCCUAUCUAUCUCAUGGGCUUGAGUUGGCUCAUCCCGAAUCAUCCAAUGACGGCUUACCUAACGUUGCAGCUUCGUUCCGUCGGUUUUGAUACCUUCAAGACCAAUUUGUUGACGAUACCUGCAUCCGCAUUAUUUAUCGCGCAAGCGCUCUUCUGGACAUGGCUCUCCGAAAAGAUCAACCAGCGUUUCAUAAUCUCGCUAAUCAGCCAAGUUUGGUCCCUGCCGAUUCUGAUUGCCCUGGCAGUGAUUCCGUCAACCUCAGGCCCGUGGGUGAGGUGGGUUUUGAGUACCCUCCUUGUCGGACAUCCAUAUGCACACGCGAUCAUCGUUGCAGUCACUUCUCGGAAUGCAGGAACAGUGCGUACCAGAACGUUCGCAACAGCUUUCUACAAUAUGUGCAUCCAAGCGAGCUCGAUCAUUGCUACUAACGUCUACCGCGAAGAGGACAAGCCCCUGUAUCGGACGGGAAACCGUGUUCUCAUUGGAAUUGCCGUUUAUAACAUCUUUCUGAUCGGUGGGACCAAGUUCUUUUAUGUCUACACCAACAAGAUCCGUACAAAGAAGUGGGAUGCCAUGAGUGGCGAGGAGAAGGAGAACUAUCUGGCGACUACGACGGAUAAAGGCAAUAAACGGCUAGACUUUAGAUUCGCGUCAUAGACCGCAUGAUAUACGAUAGAAGGGAGCCGGACAACUCUGAGAGCAUCUGAACCUUCAUACAAAAAUGGGAAGACCGGGUUGCGAGCGAUCCCAAGGAAUUUCCCAAUUAGAUAUUAGAGUUCACAAGAUCUUUAUCCUGAAAGACUCAAAAUGCUAGUACUCAGAUACAUUGCUGGGAAACAAUUUGAAUGUCACUUAUCCGUUUGCACCCCUUCGAGACCACGCUCGAUGGCCACGAGUCCCAUGAGGGGUGAUCGACCGGGAAAUGGAGACGGCAGUCCAGAUUCUGCAGAUCAUACAACUGGAACCGUCUAAGAUACUAUUCUUUCCACUCCUUGUACCGAAAAACGGAACCCCACGCCAUACGCCCCCAAGCCGAAAGAGGACAAGAAACUACGCCUGCU